AUGGAUAUUCCAAAAUAUAACGGAAAUAUUCAUCCAGAUGAAUGGAUAAAUGAUAUUCAAAAAUAUCUUGCACUUAGGAAAUAUGAUAAAAAUUAUUUGGAUAUUGCUAUAUCAUUAGUAGAUUCCAAUAUUAUCUCACUUCCAACUAAAAUUAAUAGUUUUGAAGAACUUAGUAACGCACUUAAAGAGGAUACUUCUUUUACAUUAUUUAAAUGUACUAAUAAAAGGUUAUUAGAAUUAUUAAAAUAUAUUCCUGAAAAAGCAGGUGGAAAUACUUCAAAAUUUAUGUCAGAUUUUCGUAAAUUAUGUUACAAUUCUGAAAUUAAUGACAUAGAAGAACAAAAAAAUUAUUUUUGUAAUACACUUCCGAAACUUCCAAAUAAUAAUGAUACCGAUUGUUAUUAUUAUCUUCUGGAAUUUAUUAAGAAAAGGGAGAAAAUCAAAUCAAUGAAUGAUUUGGUUAAAGAAUUUGCGGAAAUUAUUGCGGAUGAAUUAAAUUUAAUUAGAAAUAGAUCUAUUAUAGCUUUAAAGCAUGUUGCUACAGGAAAAUAUUUAAGCUCAAUUGACAAUUUGCGUUAUACAACUGGAAGCAAGCGUCAACUGGCUUUUGCAGGCAGCCCAGAGCCUGAUCUAAAUGCUUUAUGGAAAAUUGAGUUUAGUGGAAAAUUACCUAUGUAUAAUAAAACUUCUAUACAAUUACGACAUAUCAAAUCUGGCAGUGUUCUUGGAUUAUAUUAUGAUUACAACUAUUAUGCUUAUUGCAAAUCUCCGAUAACUGAACAUACAGAAGUGUGUUGUAACGGAAGUGAAGAUCUUUGGAAGUUUAAGCAUAUUAAAUUAGAAAAUCACCAAGGAUAUUUGAAGUCAAAUGAUAUUAUUAAUCUUAGUAUUGCUAAAUCGUUUUUGCGUAGUCAUGAUGUUCAAUUUACUAUUGGAAAUGAUACUUUUCAAGAAGUUGUUUGCCAUAGCGAAAGAUUAGGAGGGAAUGAUGAAUGGCGCAUUGAACUUAUUAGUCAAGAUUAA